GUGGCCAAGGGAUGGGCAGUCAGUUCCUUGUGACAACACAACACACAACAUGAACACUAAGAUCUUGAUCGUCUUGGCCGUGGCAGCCCUGGCAGCAGCAGACAGCCACAGCCGGGAAACCUUCUCUUACGCUGCCCCUUAUGAUUCUUCCGAGGAGUCUUAUGAGUCUAGUGAGGCUCAGUACAACUUCAACUAUGCCGUGGACCACGAGCCCUCUGGCAACGACUUCGGUCACCAGGAGACCCGCGACCAUGACGACACCCAGGGGUUGUACUACGUGCAGCUUCCCGACGGCCGUCGUCAGACUGUGAAUUACAACGUGGAAGGUGACUCAGGCUACCUGGCUGAUGUCAAGUACGACGGAGAGGCUCGCUACCCUGACUCAUACGAGUCCUUCGAGUCCUUCGAGUCCCGGGAGGCUCCACGCUACUACGACUCCAACGAGUCCAAGUAGAUAAAUCUACCUGACCAGUUACCUGACGGAUCAUUCUCCCUCGACCAAGUCUACUCCUACUUGAAAUGUUUCAUACAUCAUACAUGUUGUAUUGUAUACCCAGCCAUAAAUUAUCAAGGCCUUUAUUUAUUUACAAAGAUAACUAAUAAAUUAUUACUGAUGGAAA